CUUUCCAUCUCACGGUUUCCAACAUGAAUCUUCUCAGAGGCAAGCAAUGUCAGCAUGGACGACGUGGCUUGCUACCAGGACGUCGGAAGUCGCUUCAUCGCAUCGAGUCCAGCUCGCGUUGACCGCCGCUGUUGCUGUAGCAUUCGGCGUCAGCGCAACGAUUGGUCUGCAGAGCGCGCGGCGAUGGUAUGAAGUACAUGAUCUGAAGGAAUCCAUACCAGACUUAGAGUCGCCUCAUGAAGUUCAAGAGAUCAACGACUUCGGCGGCGCAGUUCCCGACGAUACCGACGAAAGGAGAGAUGACGAACGGAGCGCUGCACUAGCACGACGAGCGAGACUGGGCGACUAUGACGAAGCGCUUAUCCUGGAGCAGCUGGCGCGUAACCGCGUCUUUCUUACAGACGAAGGAUUGGCUAAACUCCGCAACGCCUUCGUGAUAGUAGUCGGAUGCGGCGGCGUUGGCUCCCACGCAACAGCUGCGCUCGCACGUUCCGGAUGUGGUAGACUGCGACUCAUCGACUUCGACCAAGUCACACUAAGCUCAUUGAAUCGCCACGCCGUUGCCACUCUUGCGGAUGUAGGCACGCCGAAAGUUCUUUGCUUGCAAAAGCGGCUUGAGCAGAUCGUACCUUGGACGCAGUUUGAUUGUCGCAAUCAGCUAUUCGGACAGAAGACGGCAGAGCAUCAGCUUGCGCCGUGGGAGGAUGGGCAAAAGCCCACGUAUGUCAUUGAUGCAAUUGAUAAUAUCGACUCGAAGGUGGCGUUACUGCAUCACUGCCAUAAGCAUGGGCUGAAAGUGAUAUCGUCUAUGGGCGCUGGCUGUAAGUCUGACCCAACUCGCGUCUUCAUCGGCGAUAUCUCUGCCUCUGCCGAGGAUCCUCUUUCCCGCACGACACGGCGGAAGCUGCGCAUCUUGGGAGUUAGCGAAGGCAUACCCGUGGUGUUCUCGUCCGAGAAGACGGGUCCAGGCAAAGCUCAGCUCUUACCGCUGCCGGAAGAAGAAUUCGCCAAAGGCCAGGUCAACGAGCUUGGCGUCUUGCCCGACUUCCGCGUCCGCAUCCUACCCGUGCUGGGGACAAUGCCAGCGGUCUUCGGGCUGUGUGUGGCGAAUCAUGUCAUGCUAGAUAUCGCAGACUAUCCGCACGACUACCUCGCCAGCAAAUGUCGGGAAAAGAUGUACGACGGCAUCCUGGCGCAACUGCAAGGGCUAGAAGAGCGCGUGGCGAAGCAUCAAGGCCAUAACCCGGUCGGGCUGCGCAUACCAGUAAUGGCUGAUGAUGUUGGCUACGUUGUGGAGGAGGUUUGGAAGGGUCGUAGUGCUGUAUCCGGGCUAGCGAGUCGAUUGGCGCUUGCUAGGUGGCGGAAGCCGGAGGGUGACUGGGUCGAUAAGCAGACGCCAGGUCAGAAGGCGGAUGUGCUUCAGCUUGACGAUUUGGUUUGUAUGACGAAGGACGAGAUGUUACGGCAUGAGCGGGAGGUGUUGAAGGAAGGCAAGCCGCCCGAGCAGCUCUAUGACAAGGAGGUCUGUGAGCUGGUGGAGCGGCGAUGGAAGGAAGAACGAGCAUAUAGAGCUCAGAGAUAGUAUGAACGAAACGACUCUCCACUUCCUCAUCAGCCUGUAAUUGCUUGACAAACCCUGAAGGUUAUGCUCGUGCAAGGAUGCAAUGUCCUCAGAUUAGCUCUCUUAUGUUCUCAGUGACGACCAGAACCCCUGACCGGCGAUGCUGGUCAAAAAGCCGGUUGCCUGCAACUUUGGCUUUUGACACGGAUUAUCAUCACUGGACAUUGCAAAGCAUGCUUGCAGAAGCAACCCACCUUCUGCCG